AAGAGUCAGUUUAGGCGGGAACUCAGGUGAUAGUGAUAGGCAUCGGGAGGGCGAGCGAGGAAUCCUCCGUCCGUCCUCUAGUUCAAACCAUUUGACCGAGACCGGCCAUCAUCUGUAAGUCAAGGGGCGGGAUGGAAGUGUCAAGUCUACCUCUCUCACCUUCACAGAGGGGAAAGCUUAUAGCGGCUGGCUACACAACUCUUUCAUCCCUCUCUUCAGUUUCUGCUCCGGACCUCGCUCGUGACUUGAAUAUUUCUGAGCAUGAAGCAAUUGAAAUCCUGAAGGUCUCUUCACAAAGUAGUAAGAAAAUAGAUGGCUGCCAUGCUAUUGUUACUGGUGCACAGACUGCUUGGGACAUGCUUUAUGAGGAGGAAUUCAUGACACGUAUUACUACAUCUUGUGCUGAUCUUGAUAACAUUCUGGGCGGAGGAAUAAGUUGCAAAGAAGUUACUGAAAUUGGUGGAGUACCAGGCAUUGGUAAAACACAACUUGGGAUCCAACUUGCAGUUAAUGUGCAAAUUCCAAUUGAUUAUGGUGGCCUAGGUGGAAAGGCAGUUUAUAUAGAUACAGAAGGCAGCUUCAUGGUGGAGCGUGUUUUUCAAGUUGCUGAAGCAUGCAUUGAGGACAUGCCAUACAAUUACCCACAGAAGGAUUUUCAAGCAAGGAAAAACAAAAUGCAGCCUGAGAAUUUCCUAGCAAACAUAUUUUAUUUCCGUGUCUGCAGUUACACUGAGCAAAUUGCCCUGAUAAAUUACUUGGACAAGUUUGUUGCAGAGAAUAAAGAUGUCAAAAGUGUCAUUGUUGACAGUGUGACAUUUCACUUCCGCCAGGAUUUUGAUGAUUUGGCUCUUCGUACUCGAUUACUUAGUGGAAUUGCUUUGAAGUUAAUGAAACUUGCCAAAAAGUUCAGUUUGGCGGUAGUACUGUUGAACCAAGUGACAACAAAGUUCAAUGAAGGUUCAUAUCAGUUGACUCUUGCCCUAGGUGAUAGUUGGUCACAUGCAUGCACAAAUAGGAUUAUUUUGUACUGGAAUGGAAACGAAAGAUAUGCAUACAUUGAUAAAUCACCCUCUUUGCAAUCUGCAUCAGCAGCAUAUUCUGUGACUGGAAAAGGGAUAAGAGAUGCAGCUUCACACUGUAAGAGAGUCAGAAUAAUGUAAGCAUAAUAUACAGCAAGAAAUAUGCUGCUAGUAUGAUGUUCUGUUCUUUAUUUACAUGGUUACCUACGUAGCUUACUACUAGAUGUGCAGAUCAAGAUGAUGGGUAAUUUUCUGCUCAAAUUUUGGUUUUAAUUAAUCCUCCUGUUAUCCUCAUGAACCACUAAAGUUGGGCUACAAAUCUGAAACGAGAUGUCUGUAGGUAAACUUUUGAAGUUUUGUGCCCCUACAUGAACCGUUUUUGGCCAUCUCAGCCAACUCACCUUUUCUUAAGGAUGAUAGGGAGACGAUUAACAAAGAUCUUAUAUGAGGAGUUAUGCUCUGUAAAAGCUAGGGUUACUUCCCAAAACUGAACCACAGCUGCAAAAUUGUUUGUUCUGUAAUUAUUCUUCAAUAAGUACUCAACUUCUUGUCUGCUGAA